CGGUUCUUCCUUCAACCGGGAGGCCGUCUUUCGCGUUCGCGCUCCGUACGACUUUACCUUUCCUCUUUCCACUGUGAUUUUAAUCUCUUCCGUUCCUCCCCUCCUCUAUCUACUCUUUCCCCUGUGACCAACAAAAGGGAAGUUCGUAACGUUAAAUCCAAGUUCUGAUUCUGAUUCUAGUUUGCGUUGUGGUAUCACUCAUACUCCUCCAGACUUCUCCUCACCCCCACCCCACGCCAUCCUUCUUUUUUUCUGUUUCCCUUUCUCCUUAUAAUCCAUCGAAAGAACUUUGAUUGGUUUGUUUUGUUUAUUUGAUAUGCUUGGAUGAAAUGAACCUGCAAACGUAUAUCAUUUUGGUUUUCUACUUUGUUUUAGUGGAAAAUUAGGUUUUCCCCUCUUAGAUCCCGUUAGCUUGUCAGAUGUUCUUCUUGUAUGCGUUUGUAUAUUGAUGCAUAUUAAGUCCUUCCACCACCCUCUUCCCGGGGUUUUCUUUUGGGUUUAUUGGUGACUGAUGGAUCAAACGGGGUUUACGAGUUUCGGUUUCCUUUUCUCUCCCCAUCCCCUCCAAUUUUUUCAGGUCAUUUGAUCAAAAUUUGGUCCUGAAUUUGAGGUUUGAAUGUUUGUGCUUGCACAGCAUCUGUUUGGCUCUUCUUUUGAGUGGAAUAGGUUGCAGAUUGGUGCAGUUGUAACUUGUAAGUGCCCGAGCUAUUUUUGAUGGAGCAAGAGUUAAAUCCACUAAGGUUUCAUGUGAAGUUCUAGUGAAUUCUUGAAGAGGGUAUACCUAAAUAAGAAGGUAGAGAUGUAUGGAAGAGCGGGUCUCGACAGAUUUAGGAAAGCUCAGUCAAUAGAGCCAUUCUCUGUAACUCUUAAUUCAUCUCCUAAAACAGCUACGGCCAGCCAACCUGCUGGGAAAACAACUGCUCCGUCUUCGGUUUCAUCCUUCCAGUCUCAGACGUCCCAUCUGCAAAGCCAAUUUCAGCAGCAACACUAUGCUCCUCAAAGACCUGUUGGACUUGGACAGGAAACAACAGUGUCUGCCGUACCAUCACAGCAAGUUACUCAGGUUGGUGGUGGGCAAUCCACAUGGCAGCCUCCCGAUUGGGCAAUAGAACCACGACCUGGUGUUUAUUAUCUUGAGGUUUUGAAGGAUGGAGAAGUUAUUGAUCGGAUUAAUCUGGAUAGAAGGAGGCACAUUUUCGGGAGGCAAUCUCUCAUCUGUGAUUUCGUGCUAGAUCAUCAAUCUGUUUCACGCCAACAUGCAGCAGUUGUCCCGCACAAGAAUGGAAGCAUAUAUGUAAUUGAUUUGGGGUCUGCACAUGGUACAUUUGUUGCAAAUGAGAGAUUGACAAAAGAAAGCCCUGUUGAGCUUGAAGUGGGACAAUCCUUGCGAUUUGCUGCAUCAACAAGAAGCUAUAUUUUGAGAAAGAACAAAGCAGCCCUUUUUCCUCCCCCACCUCUACCCUCAGAAGUCAAUCUACCACCCCCUCCAGAUCCUUCCAAUGAAGAAGCUGUUUUGGCCUAUAACACAGUCCUGAAUCGUUAUGGUCUUGGCAAAACAGACUUGUCUAAAUUUGCCAAGAGUUCAGGAAGCUCUACGGUUGGAACUGAUGAUGGCAAGUCAUUGGAGAGAGCUUCUAAAAGAAUUAGGAAAACAAGGGUGGCUUUCAGAGAUCAAGUUGGAGGAGAGUUGGUUGAAGUUGUUGGGAUUUCUGAUGGGGCAGAUGUUGAAACUGAGCCCGGCCCAGUUGGUGUAAAAGAAGGUAGUCUUGUUGGGAAGUAUGAAUCCCUUGUACAGAUCACUGUUAUACCCAAAGGAAAGGAGCAAGCCUCAUCCAAAGAGGACAAUUUCUCCCCAAGGGGUGUGACUGAUAAAUUACAACAAGUCUUGAACAAAGUCAGAGCUGCUCCAAAGAGUGGUGGAAUUUAUGAUGACCUUUAUGGGGAAUCAUUUUCUGGUAAAGUGGGUUCAUCUUGGGCACAUGCUUCAGGUGGUAGUGGGGAUGGACAAACUGCUAUAUCUAAAGAUACUGGUGGGAAUGGUACAAGUGGAAAGCAGGCUGCAAACCUGGGUUACGAUGAUGAUGAUGAUUUAUUUGGUGAUUCAGUGCACGAUUAAACACCACAAGCUUCUUCUGGGUGGUGUCAUCCUGUUACUGAUUUGAUGAUAUUCGGUUGGAAUCAUAUUACCAAGGGGGACUUCUAUGAGAUUUAAUACCAUCUUCUUGUAGAAUAAAAGAUUAGGAAAGGGAAAUGUGGGGAAAUCUUUGGCGAUACCAGGUACUUAGGAGGUCCAGCAUUGAGCCAUGUUAGCUUGGAUAUUCUUCUAACCCAAAGGGGCAUUAUAAUGGUGGAACCAUUGUCUUGGGUGCAAGAACUCCAGAGCCUCUCUAAGGAGCCAUAUUUUAUGCGUCUCUGAAUAUUAUUUUCUUUGCACAUGGCGUUUUCUUGUUUUUGAAAUGGCAUUUUUACAACAAUAUUCUUCACCCCAAUAUUUUUAAAAUUGAAUCCGGUUAUCCUUGCAAGUCCCCAGCCUUUUUGCAAUUGGAAAAUGGCCUUCUUCUUCCGUUUUGUUUCAUGUAGGUUGUUUUUGUUUUUGUUGUCUGUCAUAAAUCAUCAUUUGCCACUGAAUGGUUGUUGAA